AUUCCAUAUAUGUAUGAAGUUCAUCAACUUUCCAAACUUCACCUACAUUAUCUCCCUCUCAAUAUUUUAUAUAUGCAUACACAUUGAGUAACAAAAGUUUGAAUCUGCGAGACUAGAAGAUAAUCUCUCAUUUUCAUCGUUCCCGAAAAAAUUCAAUGGAAUCUAAAGCCAGCCGCCGGCUUCAAACUAUUCAAGACCACAUCACCUCUGCCGCCGCCGAUCCUCUGUCAACGGUGCAACAAAACCAAACAGCCGGGGAGUUUUUCACUAAACAAGGGUACAGUGUUGUUCUUCCAGAGAAAUUGAAGACAGGAAAGUGGAAUGUUUACAGAUCUGCCGCCUCUCCUCUAAAGUUGGUCAGUAGAUUUCCUAAUCAUCCUGACAUUGCUACUUUACAUGAUAAUUUUGUGCAUGCAUCUGAAACCUUCCGGGAUUACAAGUAUUUGGGUACACGGAUUCGUGAAGAUGGAACUAUUGGAGAAUACAAAUGGACAACUUAUGGAGAAGCAGCCACAGCUCGAUCAGCUAUUGGUUCUGGGUUAGUAGCCCAUGGAAUAACCAAGGGAUCAUGUAUUGGACUAUACUUCAUCAACAGACCCGAGUGGAUAAUUGUUGAUCAUGCUUGCUCUGCAUAUUCAUACAUAUCUGUCCCUUUAUAUGAUACCCUUGGUCCGGAUGCUGUGAAGUAUAUUGUGAAUCACUCUUCUGCAGAAGCCAUAUUUUGUGUGCCACAGACAAUGCAUAUUUUGCUGAGCUUUUUGUCAGAGAUGCCUUCUGUGCGUUUGAUAGUGGUGGUUGGAGGACUAGAUGAGCUAUUGCCAUCUUUUCCAUUAGCAACUGGGGUUAAGGUUGUAUCAUUUUCAAAGCUUAUUGCUCAGGGAAGUAAUGAUCGACACCCUUUUCGUCCACCAAAACCAGAUGAUGUGGCUACAAUAUGUUAUACAAGUGGUACAACUGGGACACCAAAGGGGGCUGUACUUUCCCAUGGAAACCUGAUUGCAAAUGUUGCUGGUGGAAGUUUUGAAAUUAUGUUCUAUCCAUCAGAUGUAUAUAUAUCUUAUCUUCCUUUGGCACACAUAUAUGAAAGGUGCAACCAGAUCUUGUUGGCAUACUAUGGUGGCUCAGUUGGAUUUUAUCAAGGAGACAACUUGAAAUUAUUGGAUGACAUGGCGGAAUUGAAACCUACUAUCUUCUGCAGUGUUCCACGAUUAUAUAAUAGAGUAUAUGAUGGUGUUAUGAAUGCAGUGAAGUCAUCUGGUGGACUUAAAGAAAGACUGUUUAAUGCUGCAUUUAAUGCAAAGAGGCAAGCAUUACUUAAAGGAAAGAAUGCAUCUCCUAUGUGGGACAGAUUAGUAUUUAACAAAAUAAAAAACAAACUUGGUGGAAGGGUUCGUUUUAUGGUUUCAGGUGCUUCACCCUUGUCUCCUGAUGUCAUGGAUUUUCUUAAAGUGUGCUUUGGUUGUUCAGUAAUGGAGGGGUAUGGAAUGACUGAGAGUUCUUGUGUUAUAACUUGUAUGAAUGAGCAUGAUGUCCUCUCUGGUCAUGUAGGAGCUCCUAAUGCUGCAUGUGAGGUAAAGCUUGUGGAUGUUCCUGAGAUGAACUAUACAUCGGAUGAUGAACCAUACCCUCGAGGUGAAAUUUGUGUGAGGGGCCCAAUUGUGUUCCAAGGUUACUACAAAGAUGAAGUGCAAACGAGAGAAGUAGUAGAUGAAGAAGGAUGGCUUCAUACAGGAGACAUAGGGUUGUGGGCACCUGGAGGCAGAUUAAAGAUUAUUGAUAGGUAA